GCAUGGCUUCCGAACUAGACAGGGCAGACGACGAGUCGGAGAUAAGCACAAUAAAAGAGUUGCCAUCGGAGAUGGAAACGUUGCUGCCGCCACCACCGCCGCCGGUCGUCCUCCGGCCGCUCUCUCCGCAGACGGACGCCCGGUGGAAGGCCGUCUUCUACAAGAGCGUCCAGGCGAGGGCUUUGGGCCUCCAGGACCGGCGAGUGGACAAGUUCGACCGGGAGAAGGCCUUGGAGAAGAAGACGGAGAGGAAGGAGCCGCCGGACAUUCUGGCCCGGGAGUGGUUCGACGACGAGCGGGCGGCUUUGGAGACCCGGGCUUACCUCCUGGACAAGCUCCUUCCCACCUUGGUCCCCGGAGUGGAGAAGCUGCUGCGGGUGGCGGAGAGGAAGGAGGCUCUGGAGAAGCUGGAGCCCCGCAAGUUCGACCCCAUUACCUUCCUGGGGGAGUACCUGAUGAGGAACAACCCGGCCUUCCAGAUCUCGGCCACCUUGGAUCCAUACCAGAGGGGCAUGAAGGCCGUCACGGAGGAGCUGAAGACCAAGGUGCCCAAGACCACGCAAAACAAGCUCGCCGAAAUGAAGGCUUUGGUGGAAGAGAGGCGGCACGAGCGGGAAGAGGUGGACAAGAUCAAGGACCACGUGACGGAGAUCCGCAAGCGGGCGCUGGGCAUGCAGUUCAGGGAGUGGACGCAGGACACCGCCGGGCGCAUUCCCCUCGCACUGAUCCAAAGCGCCCUGAGGUCAUUCCUGGAGGUUGUCCGCCUGGCACCUGAGACAGGGAUCUAUGCCCGCCCCCUGGAAGCGGUCGGGGCGCUGGAGGUGAUGGUGAACCAAGAGGAGUGCAUAGAGUAUCUCCUUUCCUACGUCAAGAAUUUCAACAGUGACCAGUUUGAACAGCUGCUGAGACAUCUCCUUCAAUGUGCCAACGAUGCCCGAGAUGCCCUCAGGCACGACGUCUGGAGGCAUAUGUUUGUCCAGCUCUUCUUUGACUGCGACCCCGGACAGGUGGGACUCCUGGAUCGAGCAAGAGUGUUUUCCUUACUGGAAUACUAUUACGACAACUGCCUGCAGGACGCCAGGAAGGGGUACCGCGACCCAAAGAAAUGGCCCAUGGUCGAACUGGAUGACAUCGAACUGACCGAGUUUUGGGGGAAUAUGGAGGACGACGAGCCCAUCGUCACCACUGCCGCCGUUUCGGAGGAGUCCCUUCCAGGGUUAUCUGUGGAGGCUUUGGUGCUCAACAACAUCCUUAAGGGCAUCCUCUCCGAUCUGGAACUGGACGAAGUGGAGCUGGACACCCUGGAGUUGGCCGUGAUCCCAGAGCAGGAUGGACAGGUGACCAUCAUUGUAGAAGAUGAGAGCCAAGCUGUUCAAGUGACAGAACAAGCAGAACAUACGACCGGCGAAGUGACGGUUCCAGAGGAAGGCUCCCCGGAGAAGGCUGACCCAAUCGCUGAAGAAGCCGGCGUCGGAACUACUGAUGAAGGAGUGGGACCCGAAACCAUCCCUGAGAAGCCACCAGAGAUCACCGUGGAAGAAAAGAAGGAUGAGCCAGAGCUCAGCGUGGAAGAAAAGGAGACCGGAAAGGGUGAGCCAGAGCUCAGCGUGGAAGAAAAGGAAUCAGACAAGACUGAGCCAGAGAUCAGCUUGGAAGAAAAGAAGGCCGAUGAGGGUGAACAGCCAGAAAAAUUGAGUCCACCGUCUGCCUCCGAGCCAGUGGAGAUGCCUGCUCCCACUCCAUCCCUCUCCCAGAUCACCCCCCAGCAAUUGGAGCAAGAGUUGGGCCCAGACCUAGAGGGAACUUCCACGGAUCAGGCUCCUGGCGCGCAAGGUGCUGGGGAAGAAGAGGCCACCACAAAGGAGGAAGAGCAGAAAGAGAAGACAGACACAGGCAAUGCAGAAGAGCAAUUCCUGGCGAGUGCUGAGGAGCCGGCAAGCCAGCCAUCUGGAGAGGAGGCUACAGGUGUGUUGUCUUUGCCCACCACGCAGGCCAGCCAGGCCGCCAAAAGGGACGUCCAGCUCAUCUACGGAGAGCCUUGGUCCGGUGAGUUUCAGGCGGCCGACCUGUCCUUCAAGUACACCGAUUACGGGAAGGAGAUCCGGGAGGACUGGAACAACGAAAACUCCAGGUUCCCAGACUUGCGCAUGAACAUGGUGGAGAUCCAGGCCCGCGGACCCCCGUCCUCCAUGUCUGCUUUCGAGAGGGGCUCUCUCGACCUGCCCCAGUUUGUCCAGCUCCUGGAGACCUUCGUGGGCGAGGAAACGUCCCUGCCAAACCUGAAGAAGAUGGUGGAGUUUGUGAAGGACGGAUACGUCCAGACGGAGAGCGAGAAGAUCAAGCAGCUGGAGCAAAUCCAUCAAAGAUCCUUCGUGGCUUGGAAGCAGCUGCUCUUGGCGGCCCUCUUUGAGAAAUGGGACAACGAAUGCUCGGGGUUUUUGGACAUAAAGGAGGUGGACGCCAUUCUCUCCACCUUCAAGGAAGGGAUGGAGCAGGAGGCCCUCAAUAAAGCCAAGCUCCAGCUGCCCAUCCCACAGUGGCAUCCCAGUGGGAUCGUGAAGCUCCCCUGCAAGGACUUCCAGACCUACAUGGAGUUGGUGGUCUCGGAGCUGACGGGCAACGAGGACGAGGUCCUGGACAACCUGGUGGAGUUCCUCAUGAUGGCCGUGGACUGGACCCACCUGGAGCGGCUGCGAGGGAGCGCCCGGAGGAAGUGGCUCCUGGGGAUCGAGCAGACGGCCAAAGUCAGCGGCGGGUGCAUGGAGCCCGUCUACCAGGCCCUCUUCAAGACCCUUUCUCGGGAUGCAGAUGCCCACGGGAAGAGCAAAAGGAUCAGUGCUUCCGUGGCCCUCCUGGAAUACAACCUCAUCAACCCAGCUCGGGGGGACAUCCUCCUGCGUUACGUGGCUUGCACCGAAGAUGAUGCCCCUUACGUCCUCAACAAGGCGCUCUUCAUGGAUAUGAAAGGAAUCAGCUUUGCCGCAGCCCUGCAGGACAAGCCCAUCCACGUCCCCCGCGUCCAGCUGCACGGAAACAUCCAGUUCUGGAACCACGACCGACUCCCGAAGGAGAGGAUGGGCUCGUUCUUGGUCCUGCCGCUGGAGGAUGUCCGAAGGAGGGUCUUCGGCGUUCUGGGGCUGGACACCCUCCGGGACAAGAGCGACCAGACUAUCUUCGUCCCCCACGAAAUCCGUUUCUAUCAGGGGGCCGCAAACACCUUCAGCACGGCCUACCACCACAUCCGCACCCAGGACUGUCUCAAGCAGGUGAUCAUCGCGGCGGUGGGGUGGAUUUCCAACCAGACGACCAGGCUUCAGAGCAUCACGACCUACUUCAUGGAGCCCGGCGAGAACCGGAUGCAAGACUACACCCUACGCAAAGUGAUGACGUCAGAUCUGAGGGAGAAGUCUGAGCUCCAUCCCUCUCCAGCUCCGGUGCUCAACAGGAAAGACGACUUCUUUAGUGGUUUCCUGUUCAGGUGCGUCGACUGUUCCAUGGUGGUCAUGGCUUCCACCUGCGAAGAGCACCACGUCGCCUUUCCCCUGAGGGAUCCGGAGGGCCGGGCCAUCGCCGUGUUCGACGUCAACCUCGGACGCUGGCCGAAGCUGCCGUCUUGCGAGCACAAGGACCUGCAGAAGAUGCUCAAGAUGGUGCAGGCCGCCACCUACGAGAUACUGAAGGAGGACGCAGGAGAUCUGGAGCCGUAUUAUAUCUUAGAGGCGGAGUACGUUGGGGACUGGCGGCGUGGCGGGGUCCUCUUCUACCGCUUCAUGCUCCAGGACCUGCAGAACUGCAUCUGGAACCUCGACCCCUGGGACUCCUUCGGCGACAUCCGGUGCUUUGAGCAGCCGCCGCCUCUGGUGCACACCAUCCUGAAGUGCGUCCUGCUGGUGCUGUACCCACAGUGGGCCAGUACGGAGGCUGUGGAGAACUGGGAAUGCUGCAUCCAGAAACUUGAUGGGGAACUUAUAGAAAACAUCUGCUACUUUGAUCCCACCGCUGCCUAUGUGGAGACUAGGCCGGAGGUCAUCUACACAUGCCUUCAAGGUAACGCCAAAAAAUGUAUUUGGGUGUGCUGCAAUGCUCCAGUGGAAUACCUCUACAAUUGGAUCCAGGCCUGCCUUGCGCUCAUCGAGAUGGCAAAGAAGCUGCAGUGCCAGACCAGCAUGGCCUUGCCGUCCUCCUCGGUGCUGCUGACGCCCGCUUUGUCGCGUUCGCUCCGCUCCUCGCAGAUCUCGACCUACAGAAGCAUUUCCUUGACUUGAAU